UCCUCUCACAACAAAUCUUCUGUAUAAAUACUCAGCCACCAUUAUGGUUGUCUUCAUCAGUUCUAGUGAGAGAAAUUAAAGGAAGAGGGAGAUAGAUAGAGAGAAUUUUAAAGGGGUUUCUCAAGAACCCUCUUUACAUAUCUUUAUAUAUAUCUAGCUUGAACGUAACUCCUCAUCCUAGCUAGCUAGCAAGAUCAAUAUAUGGUGCUCAAUAAUUGAAGAUAUUUUUGUUGUUUGAAGAAUUGGGGGCUUAAUCAGCUAGCUAGCUUUUGUGUUCCUAAUAAAAAACCUACAAGAUGGCUCUCUUUGAUCUUCACCACCCUUGGGUCCUUGUGUUUGGAAUCCUUGGUAACAUUGUAUCCUUCUUUGUAUUCUUAGCGCCGGUGCCCACAUUUAUUCGAAUCCACAAAGCAAAAUCAACAAUGGGUUACCAAUCCCUACCAUAUGUUGUGUCCUUAUUUUCUGCUAUGCUGUGGAUGUACUAUGCUUUCCUCAAGAAGAACGCUCCUCUACUCAUUUCCAUCAACUCCAUUGGAUGUGUUAUUGAAACUCUUUACAUCUCGAUUUUUCUUGCAUAUGCUUCCAAAAAUGUUAAGCGUCAGACCGUGAAGAUGUUGUUUCUAUUGGUGGGAGGGCUGUACAGUGUGAUUUUGCUGGUCACUAUGUUUCCGUUGAAAGGCAACCUUCGAGUCAGCGUUGUCGGAUGGAUUUGCGUGGCUUUCUCUGUCUCUGUUUUUGCAGCUCCCCUCAGUAUAUUGUUUCAAGUGGUCAAAACAAAAAGCGUCGAGUAUAUGCCAUUCAACUUGUCAUUCUUCCUCACGUUGACUGCUGUCAUGUGGUUUGGCUAUGGCUUACUUUUGAAGGACAUGUGUAUUGCUAUACCCAACGUGUUGGGAUUUGGUUUGGGAAUGAUACAAAUGGUGUUGUACGGAAUCUACAAAAACAAGAAGCCGGCUGAGAUGGUGGACCACAAAAAGGGCGGCUUGCCGGAUCACGUUAUAAACGUGGCGGCGCCACCAGAAACGUGCGACCAAGAACUCCAUUCUCUAGAUUCUAAGAGCCAAGAGAUAUGCACGACGACGCCUAUCAUCAAUACUGCGCCGCCGGGUCUAUCUCCGCCGGUAAACCCAAAUAUUGACGAAAACGUAUUAGCCCAACUCGACGUCCAUUUGGGCGAGCAGCUGCCGGUCGCCGUCGUGUGCGCAGCUUAAUAAUUAAUUUAUUGUUUAUUUGUUCAUUUCCGUUGUUAUAUACCGAUAGUAUGAUGUGAUGAUGUACUAAUAGCACUAGCUAGAUUGUUAUUAGCAUAUAUUUGUAUACAAUAAGCUAUUAUGGAGUUUUUUUGGGUUUUGUCACACCUUUUGUUUAAUAAUAUAAUGACGUUACGGACGUUAAUUUGUUAUAAGCGUUAUACUGUUCGAUAAAUUUAUUUAUACUCCUAGUUAUAUAUCGUUAAAACGAUACGCUAUUUUGGGCCUAUAAACGAUAUUUUAUUUUGGGUAUAUAUCCAAGACAAAUCAUAAACCAUACUUAUUUGAACUAUGAAUUAUAAUAAAAAUAUCAAUAAAGAACAUAAAAUAGAGGUGAAAAUCACUUUAUUAUUAUUUAAAUUACAUAUUCGCCCAUUCGGGUAAAAAUGAAAGCGGUAGUCCCUCUACGUAGGGUUUGAGCUUUCCGCAUAUCGCCGCUUGGGAUCGUGCGGCAUCCUUCAUCGACAAUUAGCCGACUCUCAUUCCACAUACGAGGGUGAGGAAUUGGGAAUCUUCCGUCGGUAGAGUGCGGAGCAGUGCAACAGCGAUAGGAAGUGCUUCGUUAUGGCAUCGGGCGGUUCCAAAGUGCAUGGAAAUGAGGCACGACGGGAGAAGGACGACUGAUGCACACUAAUUAGUAGAGCAUAAUUACAUGUUUUUAUGUUUGAUUUAUGUUAAUUGUUUGACGUUUUAUUUGGUUUGUAAACAUUUAUGUGAUUUCAGUUGUAAUUGUAUUUUAGUGUUUAUUUGUAAGUUGUAAAGUUUAGUUAGGAUUUGUGGUGUUGGAAAGGAAGACUUUGAAGUGAAGAAAAAGAAGAUUUGGCUGCCCAGGAGCAAAUACCCGACCGGGUAUAACACUUGACCCGGUCGGGUAUGAAGUGAAAAACGAAAAUGCAAAGAAAGUGCAUGGCCCGGUCGGGCCCACUACCUCACCCGGUCGGGUGAGAAGUGACCGGGGACAACCCGGCGUGCAAAGAUCACCCGAACGUGAAGAAUAUCCAAUUUUUGCACUCACCCGGUCGGGUCCCCUACCCCACCCGGUCGGGUCUGACUUGACCCGGACACUUUAACAUGCCGAAGAUCGCCAGAACGUGGAGGAUAUUUGAUUUUGACAUGCACCCG